AUGGUGGUGGAGUCGUACAGCGAGAACAACAUGUCCGCGAGCAUGAUCGGCCGGCAUUUGGAUCGUUACUGGCUUGGACUGGCCUCCCUCGACGAUCUACGGACCAACACGCUCGAAUCGGCCGCUGGAAUGCUCGUCUCCCAAUACGCCGGUUUCUGGGCGCCGAGGCAACCGAAUCCGCAAUCAGGUGAAUGCGUGGACGUCGCGUUGACGGAUGACCGACAAACGUGGGAGCUCACCACGUGCGAGUCGUUGCUCCCUUUCAUGUGCCGUGCCAACGCUUGCCCAGCUGGCUCUUUCCACUGUUCCAAUGGAAAGUGCGUGAACGGGGCGUUCAAGUGCGACAAACAAGACGACUGCGGCGACUUCUCCGACGAGAUAGACUGCCCGGCCAAUUGCCAGUUCUACAUGGCAAGCAGCGGGGACGUGGUCGAGAGCCCCAAUUACCCGCACAAGUACGCGCCCCUCAGCAACUGCAAGUGGACGUUGGAAGGCCCUCAAGGACACAACAUCCUGUUACAGUUCCAAGAAUUCGAGACGGAGAAAAGCUUCGACAUAGUGCAGAUCCUGGUUGGCGGCAGAACAGAGGAGAAGUCUGUGAACUUGGCGACCCUGUCCGGCAAGCAGGAGCUCACCAACAAACUGUUCGUGUCCGCCUCGAACUUCAUGAUCAUCAAGUUCAGCACGGACUCGUCCGUGGAGAGGAAAGGUUUCCGCGCCUCGUGGAAGACCGAGCCGCAGACCUGCGGUGGCAUCCUCCGGGCGACACCACAAGGGCAAGUUCUCACCUCUCCAGGAUAUCCUCAGAACUACCCCGGAGGGCUGGAAUGCCUGUACAUUCUGCAAGCGCAACCUGGCCGCAUAAUAUCGCUCGAAAUCGAAGAUCUCGACCUCGAGAUGAAUCGAGACUACAUUCUAAUUAGAGACGGCGACUCGCCGAUGAGCAGAUCGAUAGCGAGGCUAACUGGCAAGUUGGACGACAACCCUACGGUGAUCAUGUCGACCGGAAGUAACCUGUACCUCUACCUGAAGACGAGCCUCGGCGACUCGAGGAAAGGUUUCAGCAUUCGCUACACUCAAGGAUGCAAAGCAACGAUCAUUGCUAGAAACGGGACUGUUCAGUCGCCGUCAUUCGGCCUCAACAACUAUCCCAACAAUCAAGAGUGCUUGUACAGGGUGAAGAACCCUCAGGGAGGACCGUUGUCCCUGAAGUUCGUCAGCUUCAACGUUCACAAGACCGACUACGUUCAGAUAUACGACGGCCCGAAUACCAAUGGCCUGCGUUUGCACCCUGGCAACGGGUUUACGUCGAACACUAGGCCAAAGAUCACCCUGACGGCCGAGAGCGGCGAAAUGCUGGUUAGAUUCACCUCCGACGCUCUCCACAGCAGCUCUGGCUGGCAAGCAGAGUUCUCAGCA